AUGUGGCUGGACCGGUUGACCGCGGGCCAGGCGACUCCCAGCGGCUCACUCACUCCCCCGAGCUCAAGGCCAUACUCUCCCAUUCCUCGCAAGAACGCUCACCUUACUCCUCAGCGGACAGGACUUGGCCUGUCUGCAUCUAGAUCCUCUACCUCUCUUGACCUCAGCGCCAACACAUCUACCGCGUCUCUCACCUCUCCUCCCAAAAAUCCCAAUGUAUCUUCAUCACGAUUCGAGCAGAGACCUCCUGCCGAUGUUCCCGAUCCAUUGAAAGCUCUCCGAGACAUAUUAGGUACUUCGGUGGAUGAUGCAGACACAGCAUCAGGCUCUGUUGCACCGGGAAAAUCCAAAGAUGGCGAUAUUGAUUUUGGAGGACUCGGUCUUCAAGAGUUUGUCGACCGGGACGUAACCUCGCAGCUCGAGGCUGUCAACUCCGCGGUUCACGUCCCGGCCAAAGAGAAUCGGCAGAAAUAUGAAGAUUUUCACAAUUCAAUUGCAGAAUGCGAUCAAGUCCUCAAGACCGUCGAAACCUACUUGACCAAUUUCAAAGCAGAACUGGGUCAAGUGUCUGCGGAGAUCGAGAAUCUGCAAGCCCGUUCCAUUCAAUUAAACGCCAAGGUGGACAAUCGUCGUAAUGUCGAAAAGCUCCUCGGACCUGCGGUGGAAGAUAUCAGUCUCUCCCCUUUCACCGUACGAUCUGUGGUAGAAGGGCCCAUUGACGAGAACUUCAUCAAAGCACUCAAUGAAGUCGAGGCAAGAUCUAUUAUGGUUGAAGCUAAGGAGAUGAAGUCGGAACCGGUCAAAGCCACACAGGACGUGAGGCCGUUGCUUGAAGAUCUCAAGGCCAAGGCGAUUGAACGAAUUCGAGACUAUGUUGUGGCGCAGAUCAAAGCUCUUCGAUCGCCCAACGUCAAUGCCCAAGUGAUUCAACAGCAGACAUUCUUGAAGUAUAAAGACUUGUACUCCUUCCUGGCUCGAAAUCAUGCCGUUCUGGCCGAGGAGAUUGGUCAGGCGUAUGUCAACACCAUGCGAUGGUAUUACAGCAGUCACUUCAGCCGAUAUCAACGAGCCCUUGAUUCCCUUCAACUUCAUGUGUUCGACCAGAACGACCUUCUUGGAUCCGAACCUUCCCAAGCGAGAAGAGGUGUCCUCGGCGGGUCCAAAGCUGCUCCUCCGCAGCACGAUUCUUUUGGUCUGGGGCGAAGAGAGGAUAUUCUCAAAUCGAAGAACGACUCAGCCUUGCCAUCUUACCUGGCUGAGGAGAGCAAAUUGGCACAUUACCUGGAAGUUCCAUUUCGAAACUUCAACCAAGCACUCAUCGACAAUGUGUGCGCGGAGUAUUCUGUCGUGACAGAUCUCUUUUCCACCGACACCUUUCACCAAGUGUCUCGUCGAGUCGCCGAAAUCUUUGAACCCACAUUCACCAUGGGUCAGAAUCUGACCAAGCAGCUGGUGGAAAACACCAAUGACGGCUUGGGGGUGUUACUCUGUGUUCGCCUGAACCAGCAUUUUGCCUUUGAACUUCAGAGACGGAAAGUUCCUGUCGCGGAUUCCUAUAUCAACUAUACCAACAUCCUCCUUUGGCCUCGGUUCCAAAUGGUGAUGGAUUUACACUGUGAAUCUCUGAAGAAGGUCCCGACAGGCACCAAUCGUGGUGCCGCCGCCGCCUUCUCUCUCGUGGGCGGCGGAUCUGACCCUUCCAAAGCGUCCGUGGCACCUCACGCCAUCACGCAGCGGUUUGGCCAAUUCCUUCAGGGGAUUCUGUUGCUUAGCGCCGACGCGGGUGAUGACGAACCGGUCUCCAACAGCCUCGGGCGUAUCAGAGCGGAAUACGAAACGCUGAUGGGAAAAUUGGCCAAGGGGGCAGGAGAGAGAACGAAAGCAUCCAAGUUCUUGUACAAUAAUUACAGCUUGGUGUUGACGAUUAUUAGCGACACCAAGGGCAAAUUGGCCGAGGAGCAAAAGGAGCAUUUUGGGGGAUUGGUCCGGGAAAUGAAGGGCAGAUAG